AUGAGCGUUCUUCUCAUUGAAGCCUUUUAUGGUGGUUCCCACAAACAGCUGAUGGAUCUUCUCCAGGAAGAGCUGCAAGAAGACUGUGUCCUCUGUACACUCCCUGCCAAGAAGUGGCAUUGGAAAGCCCGGACCUCUGCUCUUUAUUUCAUGCAAACAGUGCCAACAAGUGCUGAUUACAGGAUCCUCUUUGCAAGCUCGGUGCUUAACCUGGCUGAACUCGCUGCCCUCCGCCCUGACCUUGGCAAAUUGAAAAAGGUCCUCUACUUCCAUGAGAAUCAAUUGGCAUAUCCUGUCCAGAAAUGCCAGGAAAGGGAUUUUCAGUAUGGAUACAACCAGAUUCUUUCAUGUUUGGUUGCUGAUGUUGUGGUGUUCAACUCUGCUUUUAAUAUGGAAUCGUUUCUUACAUCCAUUGGAAAAUUUAUGAAGCUGAUUCCUGACCACAGACCUAAGGAUUUGGAAAAAAUAAUCAGACCGAAGUGCCAAGUUCUUUAUUUUCCAGUCAGGUUUCCUGAUGUGAGCAGGUUCAUGCCAGAACAUAAGCUUGCCCAUUUGGAAAAGGUAAAUGGUGUUAAAAGAAAUGGAGAUGCUUAUCAAUUGGAGGGUCUGCCCGGCCCGCAGAAGAGCAGAGCUUCGGGAGCCUUAAUGAAAACCAGCAACGCGCAUCGCGAGUCUGGACUUUGUGAAGCCCAGCCUGGACUUUGUACCACACAGCACGAGGGGCUGCCUUCCCCACUAACAGCACCGGCGAGAUUGAGCAAGUCUGAAGCAUCAGAAAGUACAAAUCCUUGUCAAGAAGAAGAUAAGCAACAUCUGACUUUUAACCUCUCUAAUAUCUUGAGUGGACAGGACUGUCAGCAAAGACCUUUACACGUUGCCUGGCCUCACAGGUGGGAACAUGACAAAGAUCCUGAAACUUUCUUUAAAGUUCUGCUGAAACUGAAAGAGAAAGAGCUGCCUUUCCACGUGUCCGUCCUUGGAGAGGCUUUCACUGAAAUUCCAGGUAUCUUUUCAGAGGCCAAAAAAGCGUUGGGGUCUUCUGUCUUGCACUGGGGCUACUUACCCAGCAAAGACGACUAUUUCCAAGCUCUCUGCAUGGCCGAUGUUGUCAUCUCGACAGCUAAACACGAAUUCUUUGGCGUGGCAAUGGUCGAAGCUGUCUAUUGCGGCUGUUAUCCGCUGUGUCCCAAAGCCUUGGUGUACCCAGAGAUAUUUCCAGCUGAAUAUCUGUAUUCUACACCUGAACAGCUUUUUAAAAGGCUUCAGAAUUUCUGCAAGAGACCAGAUAUUGUAAGGAGACAUCUCUAUAAGGGCGAGACGGCUGGGUUUUCUUGGGCAGCGCUCGGCGGUAAAUUCAGGUCUCUGCUCACAGCAGAACCGAGGGAAGAUUUGUGACAGAUGGGGCUAAGUCACAAACUUGCAGCCUCAGGCAGAAUUGUGGAAGUUUCCAGAGUGUGCCCAUAUUUACCUGAUCAGAGAGAAAAGAAAAUCUGCAGAGGAAGCCGAGCCUGGCUGCUUGUCAUAGCUGACACAGAGCCAUCUGCCACAAACCUGUGGCGGCUUCAGAUCUCCAAUCCCUGCCACCACCCCAGCUCAAAUUAAAUACAGAUUCUUAGAGACGUUAUGAUGGUUACACAUGUCCUCGGCAUCACAUGCAGGAGACUGUUCAAAAAAAAUAUGUGGCCUGUUGUAUAACCGCACUCAUGUAUCCCAUAUGUGGUGCCACAUUGAAUUUCCGGUUGAAUCUGUUUUUAUCCUUUGUACUGGAUGACAUGGUGCCUGAAUUCUUUCUUUUCGCCGACACGAUGGCAGCCAAGCUGCAGCUUCAAACGCUCACACUUGGCUGAGUUUCUACCUAGGUUGCCAGGUUAUCAUUGGAGCCUUAUUCUGUCCUCAAAGGGCCACAGGGCCUGAAAGGAGGAUCCGAACGCUGCCGGACUAAUUGGGCAGCCAUCUCCGGGUUGUUUGGAGGCAAAGGGCUGCUUUAGCACUCUUCUUUUUUUUUUUUUUUUUUUUUUUUUUUUGCAAAUUAAUGACUCUCUGGCACAGGGGUUUUUAAGUGAAGGUAUUAAUAAGGGGUCUGGCAGGUAAUCCCAUGAUUCGCGGAGUUACAUUUGCAUUUAAUUAAUCUUAAAGAAAGCUGAAAGAUGAACAGCUGUAAUUCAAACUAGCAUGGGAAAUAUGCUACAUGGUGCCAUCUAUCCGAUAAAAUGAAAGCCGAGACACUUGUUUUAUUUCUCUCAAGGAUGGAGAACAAACAGAUAACAGUCAAAAUACUUCCAAUAAAAACCAGUAGUUUAAAUGUAAUGGCAGUUCAUCAAGAAUCUUUGCAUCCAGUUACAAAUACAGUCUUUUAAAGAUAAAUCACUUAUGAUUCCAGCAGUCAAGCUGCUAUAUUUGUUGAUGUAAAAUGUUUUGAAGAUGUAGAUUGUACAAUAAAUUUUUAAUAAAGUGCCCACUGCAAUUUUUAA